AUGCUUGGUUGGGUGGAUUCGACCAAAGUGGAAGCCAAAGUUUUGGGCAGCAAGUGCAGCCGGCGGUCGACCACGACCCUCUGGUAUGAUGGAACCAAGGCGGCAACCAAGGUGGUGCCCAAGAACAGUGUUCCCCAGGGAGAUCCAUUCACACUAGAACCCCCCAAAAUUGCGCUUCAGGGUAACCCGCUCGCAGGCAGGGGCCAUCUCGACUUUGCGGUCCCUCAACAACCUAACCCGAACCCCGCGCACGCCCCGACAGGAGUUGCCAGCACGUACAACCCCGCCUUUACUGCCUCCUCUUUCAGCGCUAGUGGCAAGGAGGAAUUGAGCUUCCAAGACAACAGUCCAAAGAAUGUCGGUCUAAAAAGUGUCGGCUCACGACUUCCAAUGGAGGCACAAUGCUGGAAGACAACCCGCGUUGCCGGUAUCUCGUCGAGCAGCCCCUUCGUAAAGAGUUCGAGGCUCGAUUGCGAAAAAGCGGCAAUAGCUGGCUGCUGCCAGGAGCUUCUCUCGGACCAGUAG